CUUCUGGCCAGACAGCAGGCAUGAAGCUUUUCCUUCUUCUGACUCUCUUUGGAGGGGCAGCCGCAGCUGCCCUGAAGGAAGAUAACAAGAUUGUUGGAGGUUAUGAGUGUCCAAAAAACUCUGUGCCCUACCAAGUGUCUCUUUACACUGGGUACAACUUUUGUGGCGGGACUCUUCUGUCUGAGGAGUGGGUGCUCUCUGCUGCACACUGCAGAACAAAGUCAGAUAUAGAAAUUCGGCUGGGAGAGCAUGACAUCUUUGAACCCGAGGGAACAGAACAGCACAUUAUGUCUGCCAAGUUUAUUCGACACCCUGACUACAACUCCGGCACACAGGAUAGUGAUAUAAUGCUGAUCAAACUUAGUCGACCUGCCACUCUGAACAGCUACGUGCACCCUGCUGCGCUCCCUUCAAAGUGUGCCAGUGAUGGGACAAUGUGCCAAAUCUCUGGAUGGGGGAAUAUCCGUCCCAGUAAUGAGGGCUCAAGGUACCCUCAUAAAUUACAGUGCCUGGAAGCCCCUCUCCUGAGUGAUGACACAUGCUUUAAUUCAUAUCCUUUCCAAAUCACUGAAAACAUGAUCUGUGCUGGCUUUCUGGAGGGUGGGAGGGACUCCUGUCAGGGUGACUCUGGGGGUCCCAUGAUGUGUGACAGAGAGCUCCAUGGAGUCGUGUCUUGGGGGAAAGGAUGUGCUCAAAAGAAAAAGCCUGGGGUGUACACAAAGGUUUGCAAUUACCUCUCCUGGAUCAAGAACACCAUGGCAUCUGGCUAAGCAGCAUACACAUCAAAGUAUUCGCAUGUUAACUGGCAGUAAAGUCAACUACAUGUGA